AGGGAAGAAAUAAUAGUAAUAAUGAUUUUUAGCUUGAUCCAUGUGCCAGGAACAAAAAAAGUAGCUUUUAAAGAGUGGAUUGUUUACAAAAAUAUGUCAUAUGAUUGUGUAUUUUUUUCUGCCUUCGCCAAAGUGCACCACCUGUUUGUGGCAGUCACUGGCUAAGCGAGGAGAGGGUUGUUUCCUCUUCAGGAAAACCACAGAAAUGACAGACACUAGGUCACCCCCGGGUGUUGUAAUGGGAGAGAACUGUGUCUCAAAGGGCUCCAAACAGACAGAAACAGAAGAGGAGGAAGGACACAAAUGCAGCACAAGCAAGACUCCAACUCUUGGGGAGCUUGAGGAGAUUCUACAUUCAGCUCCACGCUCGUGCCACCAUGUAGAUGAGGUGUGGCCGAAUCUUUUUCUGGGAGACAUGUUUAUGUCUCAUGACAAGUUCGGACUCUGGCAGCUGGGCAUCACUCAUGUGCUGAACGCCUCCCACGGAAAGCUCUGCUGCAAAGGCAGCGAUGAUUUCUAUGGAACCACUGUGAAAUAUCACGGAGUCCCCGCCAAUGACCUGCCAACGUUUGACCUCUCGCCUUUUUUUUACCCUGCAGCAGAGUUUAUUCACCUGGCUUUGUUAUCUGGAGGGAGGAUUUUUGUACACUGUGCAGUGGGAGUGAGCCGGUCGGCCGCGCUGGUUUUGGCCUACCUCAUGAUCCACCAUCGCCUCAGUCUCCUGUCUUCUAUACACUGUGUGCAACAGCGCCGUUGGAUUUUCCCCAAUAGAGGAUUUAUACGACAACUUAUAGACCUGGAGGAAACGCUGCGUGUGGAAAGACAAAACAAGCUUAAAUGAGCAGCUUAUUUACCAGCUUGUUAUGUAG